UUUUUGGAACCAACAAAUCAGCAAGAGAAACUGACAAAGAAGUGGGGGUUCAAAACAUCUGACAUAAGAGAACUGAGUAAUCAUGAAUUCUUCAUGCCAGGAAUGGUUGAUACCCACAUUCAUGCCCCUCAGUAUUCAUUUGCUGGUACAAGAAUUGAUCUUCCUCUUUUGCAGUGGUUGACUACAUACACAUUCCCAACAGAAGUCAAAUACAAAGACAGUGAUUUUGCAGAAGAAGUGUACACCAGAGUUGUGAGACGAACUCUGAAGAAUGGCACUACUACAGCUUGCUAUUUUGCAACAAUUUACACAGAUACUUCGCUUCUCCUUGCUGAAAUUAUAGAUAAAUUUGGUCAACGAGCGUUUGUUGGCAAAGUCUGCAUGGAUAUGAAUGACAGUGUGCCACAAUACAAAGAGAUUACUGCUGACUCCAUCCAAGAGACAGAAAGGUUUGUUAAAGAGCUACUGGAAAAGAAUUAUCCAAGAGUACAGCCUAUAAUAACCCCCCGCUUUGGGCCUUCCUGCACAGAGGAUUUGCUGUGUGCACUUGGUGAUUUAGCACAGGCUCGGGAUCUCCAUGUGCAGAGUCACAUAAGUGAGAAUGAAGAAGAACUCAAACUUGUGGAAAACAUGUUUCCUGCCUACCAGAAUUACACUGAAUUGUAUGAUAAAAACAAGCUGCUUACCAGCAAGACAGUGAUGGCUCAUGCCUGUUAUCUUUCUGAAGAAGAGUUGAAGCUUUUUAGUGUUCGUGGAGCUGCAAUUUCACAUUGCCCCAAUUCUAAUUUUUCGUUGCGUAGUGGUGUCUUAAAUGUGAGAAAUGUCCUGAAACACAAUGUGAAGCUUGGCCUCGGCACAGAUGUUGCCGGUGGAUAUUCAGCUUCUAUGCUUGAUGCUAUCAGGAAAACAAUGAUGGCAUCUAAUAGCCUUCAGAUCAAUAAAUUGAGUGAAACAGGACUAACUCUUGAAGAAGCUUUUCAACUAGCCACUCUAGGAGGAAGCCAAGCUCUAGGCCUAGACGAUGUGAUUGGAAACUUCGAAGUUGGCAAAGAAUUUGAUGCACUGCUAAUCAACACAAAGGCUUCAGACAGCCCUUUUGAUGUGUUCUCUGCUGAUAAUUUUGAGGACAUUCUCCAGAAAUUCCUGUAUCUAGGUGAUGAUCGGAAUAUUUCUGAAGUGUAUGUGGCUGGAAAACAAGUGGUUCCUUUUUCAAGUUCAGUAUAAAUCCGUUUCCCUUUUGCGAAAUACACUGCUGAUCAUUCU